AUGGACGAUGGUACGAUCCCGAUAGUUGCACCUUACUACGAAAACGACGAUGACUCGUCUAGCUCAUCCGAAUCAAAACCAUCCGUAUAUGAAGCCAGCUCCACACCAAGUGCAGAAAGUGAAUACGAGGAAGAUGACAGGAUCAACUUGCAAUCGAAUCCCUCUUCCGGCGAAAAAUGGCAAUCUUUCCGUAUUGAACUUGGUCACAACUAUUUUCCCUUCAAUGAUUCUCAGGGAAAUGUACUUUUAGGGUUGUCCUCAAAUGAUGAAAUCCUCGUUUCUGGAUGUUUUCGCUUGCAAAUUGUAAAAGGAGGAAUUAAAUACAAUGAUGUUCACUAUAGCGCCUCUUGGAAACAACUCUCCAUUUGGCAUCCACUUUCCAGCUCAAUAUCGCCCAUCUGUAGUUCUUUCUAUGCAGGAUGGGACGAACGUGUCUUCUUAGACAAAGCUUUUUGCGACAGACUUUUACUAGACGAUUUUGAAUGUGUAAUAAGACUCUCAAAUGGUCCUUCAGGUCUUCGAGGUAUUACUCGUUUAAAUCCUGGUUUCAAAGAAUUAUGGGUUCCCUCUUCUUAUUGUCCGAUAGGAUCCGAAAAAUCAAAUACAACUUUUGCGAUACUUUCUCCCGACACGUCUCCUAUUGCCAACUUUUCUACAUUGUCGAUUUCAAAAGCGUGGUGGGAUAUAAUAAGUAAGCUUCAAAUGUUUCACAAAAAUAACUCUCAAGAUAUGAGGAUUGCCGUUAUUGGAGGGAAAAAUUCCGGUAAGUCUACCCUUCUGAGAAUUUUAUUGCAAAGAUUUUUACAUGGUAAUUCAGAUCAGCCAAAUACUGAACCGAUUUUCUAUCUCGAUACUGAUCCGGGGCAGCCAGAGUACUCAAAACCAGAUUGCAUUUCACUCAGUAAAAUAUAUCCGGAUUUAGCACUAGGAAAUCAUCUAUGUCAGGCACCUUCCCAAACCAUUGCAGAGUGCUACAUUGGUUCGAGUUCACCUCAGGAUUUUCCUGUCAGAUAUCUCUCAGAUGUGGACCAUUUGAUCGAUCAAUUCGAAGAGCAAGUUCAUAUGGGUACUACUUUAUUAAAUUUACCGGGUUGGAUAAAAGGUUUUGGAAUUCGAAUUUUAAAUCACAUCGUUGCAAAAUUUAAACCAACUCAUAUUGUUUUUCUGGAGUCCUCUAAGCGGCACACCACAUCAAAUGAACUCAUCAUACCCCAGCUUUUCUCUUCAUUGCAGCGAGAUCAAUAUGUGCCACUUAUCUAUAAAGUCGACGGAUAUUUUGGGCAGUCAGAGCCCACAUUGCAAAAUGUUUUCAACUCCUCACAACUAAGGGAGUUCCGGAUUUUGUGUUACUUCCAUAGGUCAUUGUCCUCUCAAAAAAUUCAGAGCUAUAAUUUUGAGCCACUACUGAAGAAGGCACCACUUCAGGUAUCUUUUGGAACUAAAAGUGGUAUCAAUGCAUUUGAAUUUGUGGGUGGUCCUGAUAAAUUGCAUUCCGAUGAUAUCAAGUCUGCACUAGAAGGAACUGUUGCUGGUCUUUUCACUUCACCUUCUGAAGUUAGCGUUGUAGAGAAUCAUCCUUUCAAAAUAAUUGAACAACCAACAGCGCUUAAUUUCUUAACAAUGGCCAUCAUACACUCCAUUAACGUGCAAGAUAUGUUCAUUAAUUUAUACAUUCCUGAGAGCGAUCAGGAUAAAAUUCUCAAACUCAAAGAUGCCACUUUCUUCCUGCGGAGAGUCAAAACUCAAACUCCGUUAUGCGAACUCUAUCCUCCCGAUGGUUUACUCUCUAAAUACUCACAAACCGGAUUGCCUUUCCUAGCGUUUGAUAGCCAUAAAAAGUAUGAACACAUUUGGAAAGUACGUCGGAAUGUGAUGAGACGAGGACAUUCGUUAAGAUAG